CUCUGAUCAACUUUCGUCCUACAUGACUAUUUUCAUAAAAAAAAACAUGUAUAGGCUAUUUCAAAUACAUGUAUUUAUAUUCACACAACUUGCUUGGAUCCAUCUUCUGCCAAGAAAACAACAAAAGAAAUACGGUAGGGCUUAAAAAGACGAUAAGCGGUUGGAAUGGAUGGCCUAUCCAAGAUUUAAAAAAAAACUAUUUUGUAGCACUCAAAGAAAAGGCGUUUAUGAAAAUACGACUGAUUCAUUAAUUCACGUAUUGUUUAUUAGCAGCUUUCCAUUGUUUGUGCUGGACAGGUUUAGCAAGUCACACGUCUAAUUAACCCCUAAAAUCAUAUCACGCCUUUAAAGCAUUUUGUUUAGAGACCACGGCAAACAAGACGCUGAAGAACUGAUAACGUAUUCGUUUAACGACUAAAUAGAGGUCAGUUCGAGGAGGAUUAAGUUUUUGGAGGGGGGGGCUGCCUUAGUUUGAAUAAUGAAAGCAUCUGGCAGCGUUUGAGAAGAUCCGAGUCCUUCUGGUCAGCGGAGCGCUGGAUCUGGAGAGACCCCACGUCGCUUUCCUGACGCCAACCGUGUCCUGUUCACGACCCCGGACGGGGGGGGCAAAAAACAAAGAUCAAGAGGAAAUAUUCAGUUUCAGGAUUUGGUUUCAGAAAGCCGUGCUAGCGCACUUUGAAAGAAGGCUCUUUACAAUGUGGAGAAGAAGAUCGGCGGUAGUGUCUGUCGGUUGCCUCAUCCUUCUGGCCGCCGUAUGCGAUGCCCAUAGAUUCCUGACGCAGAACGCGGCCUCGCAGUUCCUGGCCCGCCGUCGCCGGGCGAACAGUCUCUUUGAGGAAAGCAAGAAGGGGAACCUGGAGAGGGAGUGCAUCGAGGAGCUGUGCAACAAAGAGGAGGCACGCGAGAUCUUCGAGAAUCAGCCGAGACGGUGCGAAUACUUUUAUCCUAAAUAUAUUGCAUGUUUGGGACAGUUCCGUGUUGGUGUGGAUAAUGCCCCCAAUAACCAUGACAGAAUCCAAGACUUACGCACUUGUGUGACAGACAUCAGCAACCAGUGUAGCCCGCUGCCCUGCUACCAGGAAGGCUACGAGCGCUGUGUAGACGGGCAGGGGUCCUUCACCUGCACCUGCCGGCCUGGAUGGAGGGGCACGCUCUGUGAUGAGGAUAUCGAUGAGUGCACGGACCCGGAUUUCCCCGCCGGCUGUGAGCAGAAGUGCGACAACCUCCCCGGAAGUUUCCAGUGCAAGUGUGAAAGCGGCUACGUCUCCUGGGAGAAGAUCUACUGCAAAGAUGUUAACGAGUGUGCCAUGAACCCGACUAUCUGCGGCCUUGCCACCUGCCACAACACCCCGGGCAUGUACGAGUGUCUCUGCAAGCCUGGGUUCAAGUACACCUCAUGGUCCUGCCAAGAUAUCGACGAGUGUGCUCUGGGGGUGUGCGGCGGCACGUGCAUCAAUACCAUUGGAAGUUUUUCAUGCCACUGCGAUGGGUGGAAGGGCUUGCAGCUGGCCACGGAUGGGCGGACCUGUGAGAAAAUCCCUGUUUGUAUUGAACUGGACGACUCUAAGGAUGCGGAGAUGCUGUAUCUUGGGGAGCAGUUCACUGGGAUUCCUGUCAUUUACCUGCGGUUCCGCCUUCCAGAAAAUUCCAAGUUUACAGCAGAGUUCGACUUCCGUACCUUUGACCCAGAGGGUGUGAUCCUGUACGCUGAAUCAUCCCCAGAGGCCUGGUUCUUACUGGGUCUGAGGGAUGGACAACUUGAAGUCCAGUUCAGCAAGGACAAGUCGUUCAAGAGCACUAGAGGUGGAAAAGAGAUCAAUGAUGGGCAGUGGCAUGUGAUAUCAGUGGAGGAGCUGGACCACAGUGUCAGUGUGAAGAUCAGCAGGCAGGCUGUGAUGAGCAUCACUAGCCCAGUGAGCCUCUUCAAUCCCGUCAAUGGGAAGCUGGACACCAAAGUGUACAUCGCUGGGCUUCCCAACCGUACCGACAACCUCAUGAAGCCGAUUAAUCCCAGGCUAGAUGGCUGUAUCCGUGGCUGGAACCUGAUGAACCAGGGAGGAUCAGGGGUCAAGGAUGUGAUCCAGGAAAAAAAAAGCAAGCACUGCCUUAUUGAGGUGGAGCGAGGGUCCUACUUCGCUGGAGCUGGGCUUGCAGAGUUCAACCUGGACUACAAGGAAGCAGACUCUUGGAAGAUCAACCUUAAUAUGAGAAUUCAACCAUCCAAAAGUACUGGAGUCCUGUUUGCCCUUGUCAGGAACGACACGGUGCCCGUCUCCAUCUCUGUGGUGGCCCAGGGAUUCGAGGAGUCAACCCUGCAGGUCUUCCUGGGAGACGUAAGUGUGGCAAAGCUGGAGUCCGUGAUGCUGUGCUACCCGGGUCACUUGUCUGUGGAGCUCGCCAUGACCAGGUCCAAGCUCGAGAUCCUGGCCCAUUCCUCCAACAUCACGUUUGCUCAGCCCGAAGUCCUACAGAGCCUCCUCGCCGCCCUUGAUCGUGCGAUGCAAGAGCCCAUCAGCACUUUUGUUGGAGGUGUCCCAGAGGUUCCUUUAACUGCUACCCCGGUGACUGCCUUCUACCACGGCUGCAUGGAGCUCACCGUCAAUGGCCGGAAGCUGGACUUCGAUGAGGCUGUGAGCAAACACAACAGCAUCAAGUCCCACUCUUGUCCUCGCGUGUCAGACUAUUGAAUUACUUUUUUUGUUUUGUUUUUUACACUGUGUAAUCCUUUCCUGAUGUGUAAACUGUCACUUAAAUAAUCAGAGCAUAAUUUAAUCUCCGUUUCAUUAAAAUCUCAAUAUUUAAUGUUUUAGGAGUCUUAUUCAGACAACUGUAUAUUAGAAACAAGUUGCAAAACACUGGUAUGUGGGUUUUAUAGAAAUAUAGAUGUAUAAAUGUAGCGCUUUAUUUGCAGGUCUGAUACAAUGAUUGUAGUUUUAUGUUUGUUUUUUUUUAGAUAAACUGAUUGUUACGUGGUAAAAACAACGAAUCCGUGCAGAUCCCUUACAAGCCGUUGGAAUAUCGGUCUCGCUAAAUUAUCCAUCGUAUGUACGAACGUCAAAUAGUUUUUUAAGUACUUUAUGAUAAGUUGGGUCCUUUCCGCUGAGAUUUUUCUCGAAGACGUGUAUUUCGUUAAUUUUAAUAAAAACUGUUGAAAGUAA